CUGUCCCUCUGUGUCUCAAAGCCUGGAGUAGAAAAUGAUAUGCUGCACAGAGGGGUUAGUAAUGAUGAAGCAUGUUAUGUAGAUGAGCCCACUAGUCACAUUUCUAACUCAAAACUUCCAGCUGCAAAUCCCUUACCUGCACUCACCCCUCCCAUGAGCCCCAGAGCUAGCCCAGAAGCAGAAGAGGCCUGUGGCAGUGUACCACAGGAGCCACACAACAGAGGCGCUGCCAAAAGUAAAGAAACGAGUGAGACUAACACACCCAGAGAGCCUCUGCCAGAGCUGGAGAAGGAUGCUGCAAUGGAGGAGAGUUAUGGUGUGCCAGAAAAGCCUCCAGAGGAGCCAGAGCCCUGUGAGCCAGCACCAGCACCACAGCCUCUCCGCCCAGACAAACCCUACAGCUGCUCCCAGUGUGGAAAGGCAUACGCCAGUCGUAGCGGACUUAAGGGACAUAUGAAAAUUCACCCUGGAGUGUUGACCAACACCCCCUCCAAGGCCCAAACCAAUGACAUUGAUGUUCUGGUGGAUCGGAGCUCACAUUCAACGAGUAAACUCCGGGGACAGCAGGACGAAAGACAGGGAUUCACUAAAUCCCCAGAGAAAGGUGACAGCACAGAUCCUCCACCAAUCAGUGCUGGUUCUGAUGUGACGGCCAAACCUGUGGACACUACUGAGUAGGACGUUAGUACUGUUGAAUGACUGCGGUCAGUUUUAAAGGGUCCUGACAAGGGAAUGUAUUUUCUAAAUAGAAUGAAAUCUGUUUUUAGAGUUUUUAAUUCUAAUUCAUGUUUACCUUUUUUUUAGGCAGAUAUAGCUAGGUUAAAUUGUAGUAUCAUUACAAGAGACUUGUGAAUGUAGUAUUUUAGCUAUGUAUUUUUGUAUUUCAAAGACCACAGUGAGGCCUUAUCUUACACACUUCACGGCAUUGUCAUGAAUUAACUGCUUUGUUGAAUUCCUACUGUAUGAUAUCAAACAACCAGUAUAAGCUGAUCUGAUUAAGAGGAAGGUUCAGAAUUUUACAGAAUGAGUUCCAUACCAAAAUAGGCCAAAUUAGCAACGGCCAAUGUUAGUACAUACGAGUUAUGCCAUUUUAUUGUUACUAUCUUCUUUCAUUUUUUAAUGUAAUGCUGCUGAAUGUAUGUUUCUAAUGUGCUGAGUUGCACUGUGAGUUGCACUGUCCUGUGCUGCUGAAACAUCUACAGUACUGAAACAAACACAUGCUAGCAAUGCUAACAACCAUGAUAAUAAUAAUAACACAGAAUGUGAAGUUGUCAUCACGCCCUGUUGAAUUUUUCAGUCUCAUCGACGAGAUCUCUACGUUCACAAAAGUUAGCCAAGUCAGCUAAGGUUAUCCAUCCUGAAUUACCACAGUCAGUAAAGUGAGAUCUAAAUGAUUUAGGCAACUUUUUAG